CACCAUUGAAAACCUGGAAGUACUUAACGGGCGUCUCGUCAUUGUAUGGGACUCCUCAGCAGUGCACAUACACAACCCAGGGCCUUCAGUCUCGCGCGCGAACGCUUAAUCUCCAAACCACUCAGCCUGUAUCCAACGGGGUUAAUGUCUAACUUCAACCAAUCCACGAAAUUACGCUACAGUCCACCAGUGUCUUCAGUGAUUUACUAUUCCACAACAGAUUCGAUUGAACUCCAGUGAACUCCACUUUUGAGGAGUUCCAUACUAGUGUAGUGUCGGUUACUAUGUUAAGUCCAUUUAACUUAUUCUACCUUCCGGACAGGCCAAUUUAUCCAUUCUUCUUGAGUCACAUUUUGACCUUGAUAAUUACUUACUUAUCAACCUUGAUUGUUUUUAUAUGAGCGCAUGGGUGUGUACAUCUUAUCUUAUCACAUAUCUGUAGCUUAUUUUUGUAUCACUAUAAAUAUGGGUUAACGCCUGAUUAAAUGAAUUUGGCUCAUACGCCUUCUCCACUGCGCGUCAUUUCGCUUCUCUUCCUUCGCUCCGUCCCUGUGAUUGCCUCUCCAGAUCAAUGAUUGUACAAAAUGUACGUGUUCAAAAAUCCAUUCUCGUAUUUGACUUAUUUAAUUCCGUAAUUCACCAACGCAAAUUAAGUCGAUAAUUAUAUACAAUAAUUGGUGACAUAUGUAUUUCGACAUGUAUAUCUCAUUCACGAUCAAUCAUAUGAUCAAAUUGGAAUCAGAUCCCGGGCCACUAAACUAGAACGAAACAAGCUUUCAGUGCUUAUAGGUCUUCAACGGUGGUCUAUCGUCAAUCGGCUCAUGAAUUCAACUAUUAAGUUGCUAUAAUAUCCACGAAACCCCUUUCUGAUUAUUAUUACAUUAUUGUAAAUCAUAUAUAUAUAUAUUAGUGUAGAGCCAUGAUGAGCGGAAUCUCUUCGCUCAAUUUAUUCCUUCAUUAUUUACCAAAUGUCUAAAUGGGAAUUUUCAAAAUAGAAUAAAGCGGUUAUUUGAUUAUUUCUAUUACUGAUGACCAUUUCUAAUAGACAACAUUUGACAACUGGUUAAUUUUUCAUGAAACAUGUGACAUGAUAUAACUGAUGUUAGAUAUUUGAUGAGAUCCACUACAGUUGAAUUUAACGAAAUAUGGCUGGAAAUUUAGGAUUUAAUGUUGGAUCAUGUGGUUCACAAUUACAUCCAACUGUAAUGCCUGCAUCAAAUUUCAAUCCAGAACAUGAUUGUGAACGCUUAAGAAAUGCUAUGGCAGGAUUAGGGACAAAAGAAAAAGAAUUAAUUGAAGUAUUUAGUAAUCGUUCUGCAGAUCAACGUGCAGUUCUUGUAAAAAAAUAUAAAUCAAUGUUUGGAAAAGAUUUAAUUGAACAUUUCAAAUCUGAACUUAGUGGACACUUUUACGAUACUAUGGAAGCAUUGUGUUUAAGUUCAUAUGAAUUCGAUGCCCGUGAAUUAUACAGAGCAAUGAAAGGAGCUGGUACAAAUGAAUCUAUAUUGAUUGAGAUUCUAUGUACUAGAACAAAUUAUCAAUUGAAGAAGAUAAAAGAAGCUUAUAAACUAUUCACUGGACGUAAUCUUGAAAAUGAUGUAAGUGGUGAUACAUCUGGAGAUUUUAAACAUUUAUGUAUUGCAUUAUUACAAGCAAACAGAGAUGAAUCCAUACAUGUUGAUCAACAACUUGCACGUAAAGAUGCUGAAGCCCUGUAUCAAGCAGGUGAAAAAAAAUGGGGAACUAAUGAAUCAAAAUUUAUUCAAGUUUUUGCUACACGAUCUCCUGAACAUUUAAAAGCCGUAUGUCGAGAAUACAGUAAUUUUAGUAAGAAAACUUUGGAAGAAGCUUUGAAAUCUGAAAUGUCAGGAAGUUUACUACAGUGUCUUUUGGCCAUUGUUCAGUGUGCAAAUAACAAAGCAUUAUAUUUUGCUGAAAGAUUAAGAAAAUCUAUGAAAGGAGUUGGAACUAAUGACAGAGAUUUGAUUCGUAUUGUAGUGUCACGUUGUGAAAUUGAUUUGCAUUUGAUUAAGAGAGAAUUUUACGAUCUAGCUGGUGAUUCCUUAGAAGCUUGGAUUAAAGAUGAUACCAGCGGAGAUUAUCGUGAAUUGUUAUUAUCACUUGUUCGUACAAAUCUAUAAAUAAAAAUAUUGAUCAGAAUGAAAGUAUUUGAUGUUUAACAUUAUUACAUAAUAUACUAGACUAUUUUGCGUUACGAAAUGUUAUUAUGUCUUAAUUGAUUAGUUUAUUUGUUUUUUUUUUUUAAUUUUUAAUAUUGAUUAUUUUAAUUUGUAUAAACUUUUAAUUACUAUGCAUGUCUAAUUUGCUGGGAGGGGGUGGGGGCUUUCUUCGCUUACUUCACCUUUUCUUUCUGCCUAUCUUAUUACUAUUUAUCACUAUUACACGAUAAACGUCAUAUGAACUUCACUUCCUCGGACAUUUUGAUAAAAAAAAUUCCAAAACACAUAAAACAAUACACACGUACACACAACUAAUGAAUAUGUUUUUGUCCGUCUAUUCCACGCUUAUUCCACUGACCUUCAUUUGUUAUUGUUGUGUUUUUUUUUUCACGAAUUUCAUUUAUGAAAAUUGAUCAAUAAAUCACUGCCAUCCAACUUAUACGUAUAUACCCAUUUAUAAAUAGUUUUAGUAAUAGACCAAUGAAAUAUUGAAUGUGUUAUUGACCUUGAGAAAUAGUUUCCAUUUGGACACUAGCACAAAUCCAAUAUUAGUGAUAAUAAUAAUAUGAUGGAUUAGUUGAAGUUGGAGAUUAACACGUUGGAGGCCGACCAGCUCAGUGGUCUAGUGGCUGAUAGAUCCUGGGUUCGAAUCUCGCGAGACAGGGUGGUGGAUGAGCAAUGCUGAAGAGUCCCACGAUAGGACGUAACGACUAUCCAAUGAUCCCAGGUUUUUCAAAGUGAUCCAGCUUUAAUCGACUCGUGAUUUCAACUAUGGAAAUAAAAUGGUCACUUAACUUUCCACAUUCUUGAGCGUAAAUCACAAGAGUAGUUCACGCAGUCCAG